GUGAGGAACAGGUCUCUGCAGAGGACCACAGCGCCGACAUUCAUGUUUUAACCCACCUGUGAGGACACUUUUGGACUUCCACUGAGGACACACUGUGGAUAAAAGCCGGGGGGGACUGCUGCUUGUUUCUCAUGGACUCGGCGUGAGCAGCUGACAGCCGCACUUCUCUGAGAGCACCUGGCUGAUCAUGACUGCACACACCACGUCAUAGGAGUCCAGUGACAGUGCGGAAGGAGUGAACAGGAAAAGGAAGCAGGAGAGGAAGAGGACAGCGUCUAAGAGGAGAUUGGACACUUUUUUUUUCAUCAGAGCAGAUGGGUGAGACGGAGGAUGAGCGGACGGCGCAGGCCAGCGUGCUCUUUGAGAACUUUGUCCAAUCGUCCACCUGUAAAGGGACGCUGCAGGCUUUCAGCAUCCUCUGCAGGCAGCUGGAGCUGGACCCUCUGGACUACACAAACUUCUACAGUUCCCUGAAGGCCGCCAUCAGCACCUGGAAGGUCAAGGCCCUGUGGACCAAACUGGACAAAAGGGCACAGCAUAAGGUCUACAACCAGAAUAAAGUCUGCCAGGGCACCAGGUGCCUGAUCAUCGGUGGCGGUCCCUGUGGUCUGCGGACAGCCAUCGAGCUGGCGCUUUUGGGCUGUAAGGUGGUGGUGAUCGAGAAGAGGGACACCUUUUCCAGGAACAACGUGCUCCACCUCUGGCCCUUCACCAUCCACGACCUCAGGGGCCUCGGAGCCAAGAAGUUCUACGGCAAGUUCUGCGCUGGCUCCAUCGACCACAUCAGUAUCCGCCAGCUCCAGCUGAUGCUGCUGAAAGUGUCUCUCAUUCUGGGAGUGGAAAUUCAUGUCAACGUGGAGUUUGUCAAACUCGUGGAGCCGCCAGCAGAGCAGACUGAUGACAGUCCUGGGUGGCGAGCAGAAGUCCGACCCUCCAGCCAUCCUGUCUCGGAGUUUGAUAUCGAUGUGGUGAUCGGAGCAGACGGACGCAAAAACACGUUAGACGGAUUUGCACGCAAAGAGUUUCGAGGGAAGUUGGCCAUUGCUAUCACGGCCAACUUUGUCAACAGGAACACCACAGCAGAGGCCAAAGUGGAGGAGAUCAGUGGCGUGGCCUUCAUCUUUAACCAGAAGUUCUUUCUGGAACUCAGGGAGGAGACAGGAAUUGACCUGGAGAACAUAGUUUACUACAAAGACAACACCCACUACUUUGUCAUGACGGCAAAGAAGCAGAGUCUGCUGGACAAAGGGGUCAUCAUAAAUGACUACAUAGAAACGGAGCGCCUGCUGAGCGCUGACAAUGUCAACCAGGAAUCGUUGCUCUCCUACGCCCGCGAGGCGGCCGACUUUGGCACAAACUACCAGCUGCCGUCUCUUGACUACGCCAUCAAUCACUAUGGACAGCCGGAUGUAGCCAUGUUCGACUUCACCAGCAUGUACGCCUCAGAGAACGCCGCCUUGAUCAGGGAGAAACAUGGACAUCAGCUAGUGGUGGCACUGGUGGGAGACAGUUUGCUUGAGCCUUUCUGGCCGAUGGGUACGGGUUGUGCUCGGGGUUUUCUGGCAGCGUUUGACAGUGCUUGGAUGGUGAGGGGCUGGGCGCAGGGCAGGAGUCCUCUGGAAAUACUGGCGGAGAGGGAGAGCAUCUACCGGCUGCUGCCUCAGACCACAACAGAGAACAUCAGUAAAAACUUUGAACAAUACACCAUCGACCCCGCCUCCCGCUACCCCAACCUCAACUCCAGCUGUGUGCGCCCACAUCAGGUCCGUCACCUGUUCAUUGAUGGCCAACAGGACUCAUGUUACCUGGAAAGAGGAGGACCCACACGAAGAUCAGUGAACUUGUCCAGGAGAGAGUCCGAGGUGCGUCCUGGCAGGCUGAUGACCUGGUGUCAGAAGCAGACUCAGGGCUACAGAGGAGUUGAUGUCACCAACCUCACAUCUUCCUGGAGGAGCGGCCUGGCCCUCUGCGCGCUCAUACACUGCCAGAGGCCUGAGCUCAUUGAUUAUGACUCUCUUAACGAAGAGGACGUGGCAGGGAACAACCAAAUGGCGUUUGACUUGGCUGAGCGAGAGUUUGGCAUCCAGCCGGUGACGACGGGUAAGGAGAUGGCUGCGGAGGCUGAGCCAGACAAGCUGCUGAUGGUUCUCUAUCUCUCCAAAUUCUACGAGGCCUUCAGGAACUCCCCAGGAAACAACAACGUUUCAAGAGAACCAGAUGAGAAUAGUGAAGGAUAUCCAUCUAAAACCAACCACAGACUGCUGAACCAGCCGCAGCCCAAGAAAAGGAUGCCCAGGGAUGACAAGAAACUGGAAGAGGACUCUGCAAACAAAAGACAGCGAAAGGGCAACCAUUACCUCACAGAGUUGUCUUGUCACAGUGCGCCUCCUGCUGGUGAGGACGGGGAGCUGCGGGAGAACAAAGUCCGCUCCAUGGCAACUCAGCUGCUGGCCAAGUUUGAGGAGAACUCCUCGACUGCAAAGAUGCGUGGGAAGUCUGAUGAGGACACAUCCGAUCCCUCCUUUUCUCCUCCUCUGUCUCCUGUCACAACCCCACCUCCUCUCUCAGACGAGGACGAGGAGGAGGAGGAGGACCUGGAGGAGUCUGAAAACCCCCGCUUUGCAAAGCCCAAGAAUGUCCCCCCUCCUCCUCCUCCUCCUCUGCCUCCCUCUCGCCCGAAAUGGCAGCCCUCCAUCUACCUUCGUUUGCUCGAGAAUCCCAGCGCUGUGGCUCAGCAAACCUCUUUCCUCUAUUCCCCCAAAUCUUCUCAGAGCGGCUACAGUCGCUCGCCUUCGCCCACACCCUCUCAGAGUCCCCGUCACUCACCAAACCUCUUUACUGAACAUUACGACCCAGACCGCUCCUCUCCUGACCCGACAGCCAGACAUUUCUCUGCUUCUUCUCUGUCUGUUUCGGGUAUCGAUUAUCUUCCUGACAGCUCAGAGGAGUCAACACAGCAGAUUAAGGCCCAGCGACUCUCUACAAAAGAAUUUAGUGUGAGGAGUAUAAAGGAGAGAGCGGCCCUCCUCUCCUCCAUGUUUCCUGGGUCCCACAAACCUCCUCCUGCUCCUCUUUCUCCUCUUUCUGAAUCACAGGCGGAACUAUCUACCUCUUCCCCUCCCUCCUCGUCUCCUCCUCCUCCUCCUCCUCCUCCUCCUUCUGCCUCUGUAUCUAAGAGCUCCACAGUCUACCCUGUAGUCCACCCUGUCCCUGACCCUGCUGCUCAGGCUGGCUUCUCCUCUGUCUCCCAAUGCACUGCUGGACACAAGGACAAGAUCCAGAAAGACUCCUCGUCUUACUCUGCUGCUGAAAAAACAGAGCCGGUCUCUUCUCUUCUUGUCGAUUCCUCCACGUGCAACAACAAAACACCUGCUGCCCGCUCUUUGACUCGCUAUGAUAAGAGCCAGGAGCUCUCCUCUCCCCUCGCUGACACUAACUGUGAAAAGACACUCAGCAGCUCAUCUUCCCACUCAAAUACUGUACUGCACAAGGGGAGCUGUGAGAGGACACAGGAGAAGUCCUGGAAAAAUCUGGAAAAAAAGCAAGAGAAGGUCCACAAAACUGCUCAGGAGAUGAUUGACAAUAAGAAAUUAGCCAAAAAUUAUCAGAUGAAGUGCAAUGGGAGCUGCACUCUUGAGAAACCUAGAAGAAUCACUCAAAAGUCAAUUGUUCGCUCUGAGAGUUGUCCGACUGGAGCCGCUAGUUACAAUAAAGAGCGUACAGUCGGAAAGGUUUCAUCAGCCAUAGAUGCUAAAGCUCAGUUACUGGCCGUCCUGUAUGAGACAGAUCACAGGCCCAAUGCCACACCGUGUGUGGGGCGUAAGGACUUCCCUCCUGGGCUCGGCGGCAGCGAUAUCUGCCACUUCUGCACCAAGCGAGUGUACGUGAUGGAGAGACUGAGUGCUGAAGGCUACUUCUUCCACCGCGAGUGUUUCCGCUGUGAAGUCUGUAAGAGCACACUUCGUCUCGGAGGUCACAUCUUUGACUCGCAGGAGGUGAAGUUCUACUGCAAGAUGCAUUACGCCCAGCGUCAGUCCAGCACUCACACGGGGAGGUUCAGAAGGAGAAUGGAAGACCAAAGCCGCGUCACGUCCUCUGCGCUGGAUGGUGGGAGCUACUCAGCGACAGGCAGCGUCCAGAUCCAGCCCCCAGGUGGGCCAUCCAGCUUGUAUUCAGAGCAGCUUGAUAAAGGUCAGAGCAGACUUGCUGAAGACACAGAGAUGGCUGUUGAAGCUCUGGAUGCUUCCUGUAUAGUCGCAGCACAAGAUACUACAGGGGCCAAGGGCCAAAGCCAGGACAGUACCAAAGAUCACUCUAACACAAAACAGAAUAACCGAUGGAAACGUAAGAUCAGAGCAACCUUCCCUCUGAUCUUCAUCAAGCACUUCCAGAGAAGCUGGCCGCAGGACACAGAUGGACCAGAGACCGUCCCUGAAGCAGACUCUGACUUUGAGGAGAUCGCUUCAGCAGAGAAACAAACUAACUCGGAUGGCGACUCCAAGACUUCAGCAGAUACCCAGAAUCCCUCAGAGGCAACGGAGAAGAGUGAAGAGCUCUCAGCUUCGAUAAAGACAACCGGCAGCUCGUCCAACCCCAAGAAACGCUUGAUGUUGUCUCAUGCUGAGAAAGAGAAGCUUCUAAACUGGGACGUGCUCGUACCGGAGGAAACUCUGAUAGACACAAACACCAAAAAAGCACAUCAACAUAAAGACCAGGUACAAGCAGAAGCCGAUAAGCCUCAGACAGACUCGGGCCAGGACGGGGAACCAUCCCAGAGCCAAAGCUCCGCCUCGGCCCCCUCAACCUUCCAGCUUAUUGCGGACGCCUUCAGGAGGACAUUUAGCGUGACCAAUCCCUCCAACAGGACCAGCACUGCAGUCACAAUGAGGACCAAACCUGACAGCACCCGCAAACAGAGGCCCAUAUCAGAAGGAGCGAUAAGCUUCAGCUCCUUCUUCAGCUCUGAGAUAUGCAGAGAUGAGAAAACAGCCGGCAAGUGUGAAGAUCAGUGGGCAUCUGUAGAGGCCAAUCCGUGGGGGGGCGGGCGGGACCUGCCCUCUCUGUUGCAGCAGGUGUCCUUUAAGGGCCGUAGAGACUCUGGAGGGGUUUUCUCUGAUGACAUGGCCCCGUUGCCCAGCAGGAGGGUCAACUUGUUCUCAUCCCUGAGGCUGAAGAAGAGGGAGGCGUCAGAGAGUAAGGGGCAGGAGGUGCAGAAGGAAAUCAGGACGAUACUCACCAACCUCAGAAACAAAGCCUCCAGUCAACAGAAUCUUCAAGAGCCUUCUUCCAGUGAGGAUGAAAAUGAAAACCUGACAUCCAAUCAGAAGCUGCAUCCAGAGAGACAGAGGAGGAAGCAGGAGAAGACGGUUGCCCAGCAGGCUAAAAGAGAACUGCUGAAGAGGCUUCACAGAGCUCAGGCCAUCCAGAGACAACUGGAGGAGGUUGCAGAGAAACAGAGAGAUCUAGAGGAGAGAGGAGUUGCUAUAGAAAAGAUCAUAAGAGGAGAAACAGAAGCAUCCCCGACAGAUGACACCGACGAGGCCCAGCUCUAUCAGUCCUGGUUUAAACUCGUUCUGGAGAAGAACAGACUGGCGCGCUACGAGUCUGAACUCAUGAUCUUCGCUCAGGAGCUCGAACUGGAGGACACGCAGAGCCGCCUGCAGCAAGAUCUCCGGCACAGGAUGGCAACAGAAGAUACAAAGAAAAGCGCCUCUGAGCUGCAGGAGGAGCAGGCGAUCCUGGCAGAGAUCAUGAGGACGGUGGAGAAACGAGACAUGUUGGUCUCUGUGCUGGAGGAGCAGAGGCUGAAGGAGAGGGCCGAGGACAGGGACCUGGAGAGCCUCGUGCUGUCCAGGGGCUACGAGUUUCAUUGGACCCAAGCGGACGACAGCUGGGGGCAGGAGAAGCUGGAGUGACGGUUGAAUUUUAAGCACCUCAGUGGUAAAGAGUUUCACUAUUUUACAGAAACAGUGGAAUUUUACUAGGCUACUUUGCAUCUUGCUCAUGAAGCUACAAAUGAAGAUGAUUUGAGGAUGGAAAUGUCAUGUGUUUAUUCACACCAAAGAUGACAGCGAGGCUCCAUCUACGUGUUAUUAUGUGCUGAGCUCACAGAUUGAAGACAAAUGGAGCCUGAGGUAAUGACUUCCCUAACAGCCGUAAAGGCUAAUAACAUCUCUGCCUUUAAGGUUAUUAGACCUCUGUGCUCUGAAGUGUAAUCUGUCAUGGCCCCGGCUGACACUGACCUGAAACUGGACGUACAAUAUGUUUAACCACUUCUAAUAACGUGACUGACCGCUAACACUUUAACACACAUAAACCAAAACUGACGGCCCUCUCACAGCCACGUCAUGUGGUUUGCUCGCCUUACGAGUGGAGUUGUUUGACUGAUUUGUUGUUGUUGUAACACUGUAUACCCUCACUGGAUAGCACAUGGAGCGACUCAACACUUCCCCUGAUGUUUCUUGUGUUUUGCACAGCGUGUUUGUCUUUAAUGUGUGUCAGAAGUGCAGAGCUUCAUGUAACUCACUGUUAGUCACUUUGUAGCUAUGUGUGUGAGUGUAAGGUCUAUUGUGUGUGUUUUAAUAGUUUUUGUUUGUUUUUUUUUCACUUUGAGC